AGAGAGAGAGAGAGUGUGUGUGUGUGUGUGUGUGUGAGUAAAGUGAGACGAACAAAGUGUCGCGUCGUGUCGCGCAGUCCAGUCCAUGUGGUCACAGACACACCUUGCGUCCAGACACGCCUGAACGCGUGGCGUUUCAGAUCGAGUCUGAUUUUUUCUAUAGGCGGAUAGUGUUUGAGGAUCGGGCGGGUAUGAUCAUAUUUACCUUCCUUUUUUGGAACCUUCGACAGACGAACCAAUCGCGCGUUCCCCUGUCCGUCUCCUUCUCUCGUUGUUUUGCUCGCUCGCUCGUUGUUCUCCUGCCCUUGCCUCUCACUCACUCACACACUCACUCACUCACCCACUCACUCUCGCACCCUCUCGAACAGUCUCUCCGCUUCUAUUUUUUUUUUCUGUAUACCCACAUCUCUGUGCAGUGUAUAUAGAGCUUCAAUAGCCUGUUUUUCACUAUGGGGUGCCCACUCUUUUGUUGCUUCCCCCCUCUCUUGCCAUAUCUUCAUCCAAACACUCACUCAUUCCUUCAUUUACUCCUUCAUUCAUCUAUUCAUUCAUCUAUUCAUUCAUCU